GAAGUCAGUAUUCCACGUGCUCCUGGGGAGUCUCCCCUGUUCCACUACCCUACGCUACUCUUUUCAAUGCUACAAUACUCAUUCUUUUCAUUUUCAUUUUCAUUUCUCUCACUCCCAUCAUUCACAUGGAACAACCCAUGAAAGGAGGCGGAGGAGGAAGAGUCGGCGUCGGAGAGGACCACGACAUCUCCGACGGAAUGCAGUGCACCGACCACCCUUUCCGAAACAACCCAGGUGCCAUCUGCGCCUUCUGCCUCCAGGAGAAGCUCGGCAAGCUUGUUUCCUCUUCCUUCCCUCUCCCCAUCCACGCUCCUUCCUCCUCUUCCUCCUCCCCUUCUUUCAGAUCCGACCGACCACCCUCCUCCUCCGCCACGCGCCCUUCUCUCCCUCCCACCGCCACCUCACCACCCGCACCUUCCUCUUCCUCCUCCUCCUCCUCCCUCCCCCACUCCCACUACCACCACUACUACGCCCGCAGAACCCGCCUCCCUUUUCUCUUGUCCAAGAACAAGAAGAAGAAGCCCUCGCCCAAUGCAUCCUCCCACCUCGUUCUCAAGCGCAGCAAGUCCACCGCCACGCCCCGCAGAAACCACUCCUUCCUCGACGCCGACCACGACCAGGAUUUCAGUCCCAGGAAGAGACACGGCUUCUGGUCCUUUCUCUACCUCUCUUCCAAGUCAUCCAAGAAACUCAACUCCAAGAGCUUCACAGAGUCCAGCACCAACACCAACAUCAACAUCAGCCACCCGCCCAGGAUCUCUACCAUUAACUCCGCACCGGGAACUGCUUCUGUCAACCCCAAGGAAAACACCUCCUCUGCUUCUUCUCUCAGGACUGACAUUGUUGUUCAACAGGACGCCAAUAACAACACCGGUAACAGUCCCACUGCCCAUGCCACUUCUUCCAUGGAGCGUAAGGUUUCGAGAUCCAGAUCUGUUGGCUGUGGCAGCAGAAGCUUCUCCGGGGACUUCUUCGAGAGGAUUUCCACCGGCUUCGGAGAUUGCACUCUCCGGAGGGUGGAGUCUCAGCGUGAAGGUAAGCCCAAGGUGGCCGGUGGUGGCGCUGCCGCCGUGAGUCGUGGCGGCGGCGAUCACCAUCACCACCAUUGCAUGAAGGAGAGAGUGAGGUGCGGGGGAUUGUUUAGUGGGUUCAUGAUGACUUCGUCUUCUUCCUCGUCUUCCUCCUCGUCUUAUUGGGUGUCUUCUUCUGCUGACGACGCCGCAAAUGGGAAAUCGGCGACUGUGGCACUGUCUCAUAAUAGGGGUAGGAGUUGGGGUUGGGCUUUUGCGAGUCCCAUGAGAGCUUUCAGCGGCAAACCCUCUUCCAAAGAGAGUAAUAGGAGAGAUAUCAUUAGAGAUGCCAAUGACGGUAAGAAUGCUGCGCCAAACUUAUCGGCCAUACCCUCCUUGCUCGCCGUCAAAAGCUGAGAACAGAAGGGGCAAAGAAGAAAAGGGGAAAAAAACAAAAAGAGAGUAUAAAUCUGGGAGCUUUAACUUGGUUUAUUAUACACAUUAGUACGAUGUUAAUGUUAAUCACUGUCUAUUAUUACUAUUACUACUUUGUUUAUCUUGUGGAUGAGUGUUAAUUUUCCUUCAUUACUAGUAAUCUAAUACUAUUCAAGUUCCUUCUUCUUCUUCCGUUU